AUGUCGGAUAUACCCAAAAUAUCGUUCAAUCUAGAAUACCGAUCAACUCAAGAUGACGCCUGGUACACUUCCGGCGUCAUUCUGGAUCACCAUAACCAGCUGCUUCGUGUUAAGUUCAAAGAAUUCCCCGAAAUCCAACACGACGAGGUUUUUUCCGUCUCCGAUUUUUCGAGUUCCGAUGAUGUAGACGAGUUUCGACGGAGAUUCCGUGCGGAGACGGUGCCGGUGGAGGAUAAUGAGUGUACUAAAGUGAUCGAAGGCAUGACGGUUUGUGCUGCAUAUACAGAGGAUGGAAUUUGUCGCUACUUUGACGCCAUUGUUGACGCUGUAUAUUACAAAGAACAUACACAUGAGAAAUGUGUAUGCAAUUAUUUGCUGGUCUGGCAGCAUGGUCCGGGAGAGAACAAUAUAUCCGCAACUAAACUUGAAGAUAUUUACAUAAUUAUGACCUAUGCUGUUGAUCCCACAGUGGCCGAAUUUAUAAAACUUGUCAAGGAUAAACUAAGAGGGGCCUCUUCUCAGUUUAGUCUGAUCCCCAAGAGUUCAUCUUUUUCCAAAAAAUCAAGUUCAAGUGGAACUUUUAAUAUGUCACAGGCAAGGAUUUCACUAAUGCGGGGCCCAGUUCUCAUGCUGGAUAUUUUGAAGGUUAAAACGACGUUCUGCAGCCUCUGUUUAUUAACUAAUAAUGACUAUGAUAUUAUCACUUAUCUUGAGUUGUUUCUAACGGAUAGGGAGGAAAAGGUUCUGCCCCCAGUUUAG